AUGGCGAUUAUGUUUACCUGCCAAUUGGCUUUUAUUCUCUUUGUGCCAUAUCACAUUGAAGGAUACGACCAGGGAGUAUUCUCUGGAAUCGUCGGCAAUGACGAUUUCCUCGAAGUCAUACACCAUCCCAGCGCAGGAAUUCUCGGAAUCAUCGUAUCAAUAUACAACCUGGGUUGUUUCACCGGUACCAUCGUUUCUUUCGUAACGGGCGAUCGACUCGGCCCACGAAGGUCGAUGUGGUUUGCGAUGGUUUGGAUCAUCAUCGGUGCAACACUACAAACAACAGCCUUCUCCCGAGCACAACUCCUAGUAGCCCGCUUCGUCACAGGAAUUGGCACGGGAAUCGAAACAACCACCGUCCCCGUUUAUCAAUCCGAACUCUGCGAAGCCAGGAAACGAGGCAAGUAUGUGAGUAGUGAGCCAUUAUUCGUUGGUGUCGGUAUCGUGAUUGCAUACUGGUUCGAUUAUGGGAUGUCGUAUGUCCCCGGCGCGAUCAAUUGGCGUCUUCCCAUAGCUUGUCAGAUGAUAUUUGCUAUUAUGGUGAUUUUGUUGGUGUUUGGUUUGCCCGAGAGUCCGCGCUGGUUAUAUCGCCAUAACCGACCCUAUGAAGCGUUGCAGGUUCUAUGUGAUGUGUAUAACAUGCAACCUGAUGAUCCAAAGGUUGUGUCCGAGUCAGAGGGUAUCCUGGAGGCCAUUGAAUUGGAGACGCUACAUGGCGAAUAUAAAUGGUCGCAGAUUCUUAAGCGGGAUGAGGUUCAGACGGGGAAGCGGGUGUUGUUGGCUUAUGGGAUUCAAUUCAUGAAUCAGAUGGGUGGCAUCAAUCUGGUUGUAUACUAUGUGACCUCGGUGUUGCAGUACAAUGUUGGUUUAGAUCGGAAAUUGAGUCUCUUGCUCGGGGGAGUGAUUCAGAUCAUGUUUGUGAUCGGCUCCUUCUAUCCAACCUUUUUCUCCGACCGAUACGGUCGUCGCCAACCCAUGAUGUGGGGAUCUUUCGGUCUCUUUAUAUCCAUGAUGAUGAUUUCUAUUCUACUCUCGUUCAAGGGAACAUCCAUCGAAAAACCAACAGCCUCAGCCUCAGUCGCCUUCUUCUUCCUCUUCAUGCUCAUCUUCGGUGCCUCGGUCAACUGUAUCCCCUGGGUGUACGGACCAGAGAUCCUGCCACUGCAUGUACGGGCAAAAGGCCAAGCAAUCGGCAUCUCCGCAAACUGGCUCUGGAAUUUCUUCGUCGUCAUGAUCACCCCAACAUUAAUUGAGAAUCUUGCCUGGAAGGGUUACCUUAUCUUUAUGUGUUUGAAUCUGGCUUUUGUUCCGAUUGUGUACUUUUUCUACCCCGAAACAGCAAACCUCACCCUCGAAGAAAUCGAUUUUCUCUUCACAGAUCGCGCGAGACAUCCGUCUUUGCGCGCGCAUAUUAAUGCCAGUGGUGACAAUGGUGCCGGUGGGAAUGGAGGUGGAGUGGCUGCUGGCAAGGAGAGUGAGAGUACUAGUCCGGUGGAAGUGCGGGAAGAUCAUGUCAAGGAAGAAAAUUACAAUUAG